CUUGAUUAGUAAAGCGGGUCGCGCAAUAUCAUUUCUCAUCAACAAUAAUCAACAAUAUAAAAAGGGGGCAUCGUUACUUGUUGCAUCACUGCAUCAUUCAACGUCUUUCGCUUAACGCUUAUAUCUCAACAAGCCUUUUUUCAUCGUCCAGCUUAUAAUGGGUAUCAAGGUCCACGGAGCACCUUUCUCGACAUGCACGCAGCGUGUUGCUGUUGUCUUGAGGGAGAAGAACGUCCCUUUUGAAAUUGUUCCCGUUAAUUUCGCUGCAGGACAGCACAAGAGCGAGGAGUUUCUCAAGUUGCAGCCGUUCGGACAGGUUCCUGUUCUAGAAGACGAUGGGUUCUUUCUUUUCGAGUCCCGUGCAAUUGGUCGGUACAUUGAAAACAAGUACAAGUCCCAAGGCACCUCGCUUGCGCCAUCUGAUCUCAAGGGUGCUGCCGUGGUUGAGCAAUGGGCUUCUGUCGAGGUUGCCAAUUUUGAUCCGUAUGCGUCAGGAAUUGUUGCUGAAUUAGUGUUUAAAAAAUUGUUCAACCGUGGCGAACCCGACUUGGAACGAGUAAAGCAGCUUCGUGCAAAGCUGGACGCUACGCUCGACGUUUACGACAAGAUUUUGGCAAAACAACCCUUCCUGACGGGUCAGCAAGUGUCCCUUGCAGAUCUUUUCCACUUACCCUAUGGUGCCAAAUUGUUUGUUGCUCAACACGGUGAUGCGAUUACAUCUCGGCCUAAUGUGAAGGCUUGGUGGGAGAGGUUGACUUCCAGACCGACUUGGCAAGAGACCGCGGCAGCUGGCGCUCAUUAAGCUUGUUAUUGUUACCAAUCUUAAAGGGCAUUAUCUUUGUUAGUUUUUGAAAACCUGAAAAUGAAUAUCUAACAUUUUAAGGAUCUACAUCUACUCAGCAGCUGUUUUUGGGUUGAAUGCAUGUGUCUCCUCGAUUGUUUCCACCCGGGACGGAGCUCCAUUGGGCUUGAAGCCACUUCUUUGUUUUACAU